CAUAGGAAUUGCCCAACACACGCAUCCACAACAGCGUCGGCGCAUCGCAGCGGCUCCGCGUCUCCGCAUCGUUGCGGCGGUGGCGGACCUCGUGUUGCGGCAGCUGCGGCUCCACCUCCACAUCUCCGCUCCGUCUGUUCUACCGAGGCAAGGGGGGGCUGGAGCCUAGUUUCGCCUCUACUGGGCUCCGCCAUUGCAAGGAGGAGCCCCUCGAAGCCUCAAAACUGACUACAGUCUACAGGUAGCAAUGGUUCGUAUGAAGUCUCUGGAUUUAUUUUUCAAAAGAAAAAGAGAUGAAUCGAUUGAUGGGGAAGGGCAAGAUCUAUUUGAUGCUCCUUCUGUGCCUCAACUACUUGAAUUGCAACCUGCAAGACAGGAAGAAGAAGAACAGCAGCAACAAGAAGAAGAAGUUCGAUUCAGUGAUCAGGAACCCCAUAGGCAAGAAGCAGCAACAGCUCAGUGUGAAGAAGAGAGAAGAAUAGGGACAAGGCGAAGAUUAUCAAACAAAUGAACCUGUCAUUUUUCGAGGCAUUGAAUUCUUGGAGAGGGAUCCUGCACUUCGUCCACAAAUUUGGCAGUACCCAAAUAAUCAGAGAGAUCAAGUGGUGCGAGCAUACUUGCACUUAGGACCCAUUCAGCCAUUACUAAAGAAAUAUAAGCCUUCUGGGCCGAAAGGGCAUCGACGCCGCUUCCAAUACAUCUGGUUUAUUCAAUUUCCAUCUUGGUUGGAAUACUCAGAGAGUAGUGCCCGUGCAUAUUAUUUUUUCUGCUUCCUGUGCAGCAGAAACAUAAAGAAACGAGGUGGUUUUGAUGUCUUCACUGCACAAGGUUUUGACACCUGGAAGAAAGUUAAUGAUGGAAAAAAGUGUGCAUUCUUAAUCCAUGUAGGAUCUGAACCUUGCUCACAUCACAACAAUGCAGUGGCAGAAUGUCAAGCUAUACUGAAUCAACCAAAUCAUAUAGAAAAUAUUGUUGAAGUGAUAACUGAAAGGGAGAAGGAAAGAAACCGUCUACGGCUGAAAACAUCAAUUGCAGCUGUUAAGUGGCUAACAUUUCAGUCUUGUGCUUUCAGAGGUCAUGAUGAGACACCUCAGUCAAAAAACAGAGGUAAUUUCAUUGAGAUGAUAAAACUUCUUGCAGAGUUCAAUCCUGAAAUUGCAAGUGUAGUUCUGGAGAACGCUCCAAAAGUCUGCAAGUACACUUCACCUGAUAUUCAAAAGGAGAUUUUGGGUAUUCUUGCGAUGAAAGUCAGGAAGCAUAUUCGUGAUGAAAUCGGCAAUUCUAAGUUUUCUAUUCUUGUGGAUGAAACAUGUGAUGUGGCAAAAAGAGAGCAGAUGGCAGUUGUCUUCAGAUUUGUUGAUAAAGAUGGUGUUUUACAAGAACGGUUCUUCGACUUGAUACAUGUAAAGAACACCAAGGCACUAACAUUGAAAAUGGAAUUGUCUUCUUUAUUGUCCAAGUAUUCCUUCGAUGUUCAGAACCUCCGUGGCCAAGGAUAUGAUGGCGCCAGUAACAUGAAGGGCAAAUUCAAUGGAUUGCAAGCACUAUUUCUAAGAGAAUGUCCUUAUGCAUAUUAUGUUCACUGCUAUGCACAUUGGUUGCAACUUGCUCUUGUCACUGCAGCAAAGGAUGUGGUUCCUAUUACCCAGUUUUUUCAGAAACUUCUCUUUAUUAUAAACACAGUUGACUCAUCAUCAAAGCGUCAUGAUGAGCUCCAUGAUGCCCAAAUGGUUGAGCUUGCACGCUUGCUAGCUAUUGACGAACUUGAGACAGGUCAAGGAGCAAACCAGAUUCGACCACUGAAACGUCCAGGAGAGACUAGGUGGGGUUCUCACUUAGGUUCUGUCUCUAGUCUUAUGGACAUGUUCAAUCCAGUGAGUUCAGUUCUACAGAACUUAGCCGCCGAUUCAACAGCUGGUACACACCGUGCAGAUGGAGAUACUUCUUUCAAGUACCUGACAUCAUUUGAGUUUUUAUUUAUUCUAUGCCUGAUGAGGGAAAUAUUUGAAAUAACUGAACACCUUGGUCAAGCUUUACAGAAGAAAUCACAAGACAUAGUAAAUGCUAUUUGGCUUGUGAAAUCCACAAAGAUUCUUCUUGAGCAAAUGAGAUCAGAUGAUGGAUGGGAAACUUUCUACCUCAAGGUUUUUGAGUUUUGCAUGGAACAUGAUGUUGUUGUUCCAAACAUGGAAGAAACAUACAUUUUGCGGGGUGGUCGUGCUCGUCGAUAGCCUAAUCAUUUUACCAAUGAGAAUUAUUUUUGGGUGGAGAUAUUUCGUGCAACAAUUGACACUCAGCUGGUUGAAUUAACUUUGAAGUUCAAUGAGAAGGUGAUGGAUCUUUUGUCCCUUAGUGUUACAUUGAUACCAAAAAAUAGUUUUGCUUCUUUCCAAGCAACAGAGAUAUGAAAAGUGGUUGAGAAGUACUACCCAGCAGAUUUCAAUCAACAAGAAAUAUUUGGAUUAGAGGGUCAGCUGAAACAUUUUGUUGCUGAUGCAUCCAAGAGUGAAGAUAUGAAAAAUAUUGCAACCAUAGUGGAGCUUUGUCAAUGCCUUGUUCAGACUGGACGACAUAGGAUCCUGAACUUGGUUGACAGAUUGAUACGUUUGCUUGUUACUCUCCCAGUUUCAAUAGCUAGUGCUGAGUGUGCUUUCUCUAUCCUGAAGAUCCUCAAGACAAGGCUACACAACAAAAUGGAUGAUGGAUACCUUGCUAACAGCUUGUUAGUACAUGUCGAAGGUGAAACUGUAGGAAACUACACCUACGAAGAUAUAAUCGCUGAUUUCAAGGAUAUGAAGGACAGAAGAGCAGACCUUUAGGUGGUGGUAGUAUGUUCUGCGUCUAUUUUGGUAUAUAUGGUCAUAUGUUCUUUAUGACUUAAUUACAUAGCUAGUGUUACUCCAUAUGGUUUACUUGUAUUUUGGUACGGUUAUGGUAGUCUGACAAGAUGACAAUGUGAA